AUGUCCCGGGGGAAAAAAAUACUAGACUUAGCUUUAACUUUGGAGUCAUUGGAUUCAUCGGAGUCAGAGUCAAAAUAUUAUGACCCAAAUAAGGUAAUACACAUACUUGAAGAUAUUCAAAUACAGCCGCCACUGGAAAAAGGACCAGAUAAUUCAGAGUACAAUCCAAAUAUAGCUGUACAUGUUAAAGAAGAUACUCAAUUACAGUAUAUAGAAUUAGAAACUAUACCGGAUAAUUUAAAUUACUAUACAAGUAAAGAAGGCUACGUUUCAGAGGAUAUUAUUUUACAACACCAACAAGAAAAUACACCAGAUAAUUCAGAAGGCAAUCCAAAUCAAGCUGUCCAAGUUCUAGACGACGUUCAGUUGCAGUAUAUAGAGUUACAAAAUACAGCAGAUCUGUCUCACAACUCAGUGUAUGAUGUUGAUAAUGACAACGUUCUAGUUACGAAUGAAAACUUUAUUGUGAUACCAUCACAAUUUGAAAUUGACCCCCAGAAAACAGCUAAUGAACAAAAUCAGUAUCCACUUGAAAAUAUUUCUAACAUUACAAAUAAAACUCCAAGUAUUCUAUCUUUAAACAAUGAGUAUACUAGUCCUGUAAAAAGCAUUGCCAACCUUGACCCUAGUCAUCAUCAUAUUGUGCCCGAUCCGCCGAUAUCAGAUGAUAGUGAUAAAGGCGAGAAACUUGUUCCAUACUCUGAUUCGGACUCAGAUUCUCUUUCUGAAAUAAAUAAAAGUAAUAAACGAAGAAAAAGGUUCGAAGUUGAUAAAAAGGAAUGGUUUGCAGAAAAGAAUAAAAGAAGACGAGAAAGUGGUAAAAGCUAUUUUGGGAGGGAUAAGAACGAAGAUUACUCAAAGAAUACUAAACCAAAAGCCGCUCGUUCACUGAAACCUAGAUGCUCUUGUAGGUUAGGAAAGUAUAGUACUUUAAAAUGUGCAACCAUCAAUGAAGUCGCAAGACAAUUGGUUUUUGAACAAUUUUGGAACUUAACUUGGGGAGAAAAAAAGACACUCAUUAACGAAUGGGUAACCAUGACUGAAACAGUCCGACCACGAAAUCGAAAGACCAAAGAAUUAACAAAGAGAGCUAAAUCAUUUUUAUAUAGUUUGAAAGUUAAUAAUGAAAGCAUCAAAGUAUGUCGAACGAUGUUUUUGAACACCUUGGAUCUCGGGAGAUGGACUGUUCAAAAUUGGAAGAAGAACUUUUUAUUGCAACCUCCUAGUAUAUUGAGACGUCACAGACAAUCAUCUGAACCAAUGAUUUCAAAGCCCAAAGAAUCACUUAUAAAAUUUUUGGAAUCUCUACCUGUCAUGGAAUCGCAUUAUUGUCGGGCUACAUCUCAAAAGCUGUAUUUGUUGCCAGAAUGGAAGUCCAAAGAAAGCCUAUAUCAGUUUUACGUUGACAAUUGGUGCAAGGAAAAAAACGUAAAAGCACUGUCUAUAUGUGCAUUUUCUAAUGCAUUUGAGAGUAAAAAUUUGGGCUUGUUUCGACCAAAAAAAGACCAGUGUGAAAAAUGUGCCUGUUACAAGGUAGGGACAGUUUCAAGAGAACAACACAUGGCACAUAUUGAGAAAGUUAAACAAGCUAGAGAAGAAAAAGAUCAAGAUAAAAAUGGAGACAGCUACGUUUUCACUGUGGACUUACAGGCAGUAUUGAUGGCACCUAAAUCAAAUGUCAGUACACUGUAUUAUAAAACAAAGCUGCAAGUAUACAAUCUUUGUUUUUUUAAUUUAAAAAACAAAGAUGGUUUUUGUUUCAUAUGCAACGAAGUUGAAGGCGGAUUAAAUGCUGAAGAAUUUGCUUCUAUUUGGGUGGACUUUUUGGAAAACAAAGUCAUUGCUGAAAUUGCUGAAAACGAAAACAAAACAAUUAUUAUAUACAGUGACGGUUGCACAUACCAAAACAGAAAUUGUAUUUUAUCCAACGCUCUUUUAAACAUUGUUAUGAAGCACAAAAAUAUAACUAUAGAACAAAAAUUCUUAGAGGUGGGUCACACCCAAAUGGAAGCAGAUUCGAUGCAUUCUACUAUAGAACGCUAUCUUAAAGAUAAAGAUAUAAAUGUGCCAGCUGAAUACGUAUCGAUCGCAAGACAUGCCCGAAAAUGCCCAGCACCUUACUAUGUACAAUAUUUGUACCACAAGUAUUUCAAAAAAUUUGACAAUAUUCAAUUUUAUAAAAGUAUUCGACCAGGUAUAUCCAAAGGCGAUCCUAAAGUGACUGAUAUCCGAGCUCUUCGUUACGAAAGCGUUGGAUCCGUUCUCUAUAAAACUUGGUAUAAACAUGAAUGGCAACCUUUACCUCAAAGGAGGUCUUUACAAGUUCAUCCUUGCGAAGUUAGUAAUUUAUCCCAAUUGCAUCAAAAUCGACGGAAAAUCACUCUCCGUAAGUUUCAGGACUUGCAGGAAAUUAAAAAAACGCUCAUGUCUGACUAUCACAAGUAUUACGAUGAUUUACCUCAUGAAUAA